AUGGCUGUUGGCCUCCCGUCGACGGAGACACACAUCACGACCGUCGGGGUGAAGAGGACAGCAUUUGGGUCGGCAGGCAGGCCGCUCUCCGUCUUCACAAACCAUUAUGCUGUCAAGAUCCCAGAGGCGAUCAUUCAUCAUUACGAUGUGAUACAUCCAGACGAAAAAGCCCUUCCAGCACGCCUCAACAUGAGGCUCAUCGAGGUGUUGCAGACAGUCGUGGCGCCACAGGUGUUCACGCCCAGGGCAGUUUAUGACGGACGCAAGAAUCUCUUUGCCGCCCGUGAACUGCCUUUUGGUGGGAGUAACAGCGCAGAGUUCGAUGUGACACUCGGAAACCCUGCUGAAGUGUCGCCUAGUGGACGCGGGCCCAAAGUAUACAAGAUCAGGUUGACACACGUUGCGGAAAUCAACCCAGAAGUUCUCGCGCGUUUUCUCGAAGGCAAGCAGUCGCACGACAACACCGUCCUGACGGCUAUAACAGCUCUCAACGUCGUCAUUCGCAUGGAACCAUCUUUGAAGUACCCCUUCAACGUGCGCUCGUUCUUCACAAACCGAGAAACCAAGGAUAUCGGGGGCGGCAUCGAGCUAUGGCGCGGUUACUUUCAGUCCGUGCGUCCGGCAGUCGGCCAAAUGUUGAUCAAUGUGGACAUCAGCACCGGGACGAUGUACAAGCCCGGACCUCUCAUAAAACUGUGUCUUGACUUCUUUGGCAAAGACAACGCAGCAAUUCUCGCACCCUCCCGUGGACUCCCUGAGCGCGAACGCAUCCGCCUCCAGCGUUUUCUCACCGGAAUCCGUGUUAUCACCAAACAGCCGGGGCAGAACACUCGUCGAUCGCCUCGAGUUGUGAGAAAGGUUACCUCCGCGGGCGCGGCCGGGCUCACUUUUCAAAUGCGCGACGUCGGGUCGAUGACCGUGGCACAGUAUUAUCGACGCACGUACAAUUUUAACCUGGCGCACCCUGAUAUUAUCUGCGUAGAGGUUGGGAAUGGGGCCAUCAUUCCCCUUGAACUCUGUGAGGUUGAGCCCGGCCAAAUCAUGCGCAAGCAGGUGCCUCCAGAGAAAACCAAGGAUGUCUUGGAUUUCGCCACGAAGAGACCUCAAGACCGCUUGCACAGUAUCGCAAAUGGACUUGGGGUGCUUGCUUACGGGCAAUCCGAGUAUGUCAGGCAAUUUGGCCUUCAUGUUGCGCCCAAUGCGACACCCAUGAGCAUCCAGGCCCGCGUCCUGCAACCGCCGAUGUUGAAAUAUGGCCCUGGCUCGAAGCAGGCUAAUAUCACACCGCGAGACGGGGCGUGGAAUAUGAUAGACAAAAAGUUUUGGAAGCCAGCCACUAUCGAGCGCUGGAUCGUCGUUAUCUAUGAGCGGCAGCAGCGUUUCGGGAACCAGAUAGUUGGCGACAUGAUCGCUGGGCUGGUCUCGGCGGCCCGCGACUGCGGCAUGAUUGUCAAGGACCCAGAACCCAUUGUUCGGUGGGAGAACGCGCAGGGCCGCAUCUCUCAGGCGAGUUUUUUUCAAUUGAAAGACGUGGGUCAAGAAUGUUUUCAGAAGAAGAAGGGGUAUCCGACAGUGCUCGUCGCUAUUCUCCCAGAGAAUGCAACAGAUCUGUAUACAGCAAUCAAGCAUUUCGGUGACAUUACUACCGGCGUGGCUACGCAGUGCAUGAAGAGCAACAAGUGUUCUAAGGCAAAGGCACAAUACUAUGCCAAUGUGUGCCUCAAGAUCAAUGUAAAGCUUGGUGGCAUCAACACGAUUCCCGACCCUCGAUCCGUAUCCAUUCUCACUGAUCCGCACAACCCGACGAUCGUCAUGGGUGCUGACGUGAUCCAUCCGGCCCCCGGCGCAGAGGGCAGACCCUCCUUCACCGCUCUCGUCGCUAACGUCGACUCCGAUACUGCGAAGUACAUCGCCGACUGUCAAGUGCAGACCUCGCGACAGGAGCUCAUCGAAGAUCUGGGCCUGAUGAGCGAGCGCAUGCUCAGGAUGUACAUGCAGUACAGGCAGAUGGUGGAGAAGAAACCGAACCCGGCUCCGAAGAGGAUCAUCUUCUACCGCGAUGGUGUAUCUGAAGGACAAUUCAAGCAGGUUCUGGACUUCGAACUGCCUAAACUGAAAGAGGCCUGCGCCAAACUCAAGAUAAACCCGACCAUUACCGUGGUUGUCGUGGGUAAACGGCACCAUGUGCGUUUCUUCCCGCAGAACUCGAACGACGCCGAUCGGAGUGGCAACUGCCCCGCCGGGACAGUCGUUGACCGAGAGGUCACUCAUCCCUUGGAGCUAGAUUGGUACCUUCAAAGCCACGCUGGGCUGCUGGGGACCUCGCGUCCAGCGCACUACAGUGUCCUCUUCGACGAGAACAACUUUACUCCGGAUGGCCUGCAAGCCCUAUCAUUCGCGUUAUGUCAUGUUUACGCUCGUUCCACGCGGUCGGUCUCGAUCCCCGCUCCAGUCUAUUACGCCGAUAUUGUCUGUGCUCGGGCGAAAAUCCACUAUAAUCCUGAGGAAGGCCUGGACUUCUCCGACUCUAACACCCAGAAUGACGCGGCUGCGGUUAACACCCAGCUUGACGCAUUCAAACGCGGGUUUAAGCCUCUGCACGCCAACGCGGCAAAAGUCAUGUACUUCUCGUAAGGCGGGAAACCACGCGAAGGAUUAGUUGGACUGUAUCGUUCAGCAUUUGUCAUCUCGUUGUCGACGUGCUUUGAUUCCAGUAAGUUUGUACCACAAUUUCCCAUGUACUCGUGUACUAUGCCAGUCGUGUAUCCGCACUUCCGAUGGUGUAUGAUUGUUUUAUGCAAUAUGAUGUUGUAUGUUCAAUUCCGC